CUUCUCUCAAUUCUCUCUUAUUUUUACAACCAUAACCAUCCAAACAUUUACCAGUUUUAUAACGAGAAUACCGUCAAAAUGCCUAUUCCCGUCCCCGCAGCCUCCUCCCUCCUCGACCUCCUCAGCCUCAAGGGCAAAACCGUGGUGGUAACCGGCGCCUCCGGCCCCGCGGCAUGGGCAUCGAAGCCGCCCGCGGCUGCGCCGAAAUGGGCGCCAACAUCGCCCUCACAUACGCCUCCCGCCCGGAAGGCGGCGAGAAGAACGCCGCAGAGAUCGCCAAAACCUACGGCGUCAAGGCCAAGGCCUACAAGUGCAACGUGGGCGACUGGGAGAGCGUACAGAAGCUGGUCGCGGACGUGAUCGCCGAGUUCGGGCAGAUCGACGCCUUCGUCGCGAAUGCGGGGCGCACCGCCAGCGCGGGAAUCCUGGAUGGCUCCGUCAAUGACUGGGCGGAGGUGAUUCAGACGGAUCUGACGGGCACGUUCUACUGCGCGAAGGCUGUGGGCCCCCACUUCAAGGAGCGGGGGAAGGGCAGCUUUGUGAUCACGAGCAGUAUGUCCGGCCACAUUGCGAACUAUCCGCAGGAGCAGACGAGUUACAAUGUUGCCAAGGCGGGGUGUAUUCACUUUGCCAAGUCGCUGGCGAAUGAGUGGAGGGAUUUUGCGCGGGUUAACAGUAUCUCGCCGGGGUAUAUUGAUACCGGCUUGUCGGACUUCGUGGACAAGAAGACGCAGGACCUGUGGCUGAGUAUGAUCCCCAUGGGCCGCAACGGCGACGCGAAGGAGCUCAAGGGCGCCUAUGUCUAUCUGUGCAGCGAUGCCAGUUCCUACAUGACCGGGACGGACCUGCUCAUUGACGGAGGGUACUGCAUUCGUUGAUGCUAUCUAUCCCCCUUCCAUUCAAUUCAGUUCCACUAUAUAUAAGAAAUACACCCCUAUGUUUACGCUUCUGCGUCCCUUCGCUCCGCAAUGAAUCAAUAAUCACCAGGGCCCAGCCACAUCCGUAGUCACCUUCCCACUCUCAAUAUAAACCCCCGACCAGAACCAAUCCUCCGCAGGGGCGCUGGCCCCAUUAUCCAGCCUCAGCU